AUGGCUAUGAAUGGCAAUGGUUAUUCGCGUAUCUCGAAUGGUGGUUCUCCGGCGUCAAAUGGUUCGACGACUGUUCUUAAGUACGAAAAAUCGUCGUGUCUUUUCUGCAACGAAUGGUUCGACUCACAAACCUUUACGGAGCACCUCAUCCAUUGCGGUCAAGUACUCGAGCAGUGUCCAAAUAAUUGCAACGCAUUUGUGCCACGUAUACGCAUGCGUUCACACUUGAAAGAGUGUCCGAAGGCUAAAGCACAACUACAACAACACACCAACAGUCUCGAACGCCUCGACCAAUUCAUGGAUAAUCGAGUGACACAACUCGAAAAGGAUUUGAGCGCUUUACGCUCGGUGCUCAAUGAGGAGAUUGGCCAACGAUUACACCUGAUUACAGAUGUCGGAAAUCUACGCAAAUACAAUCAGGUUUUGGAGGAUUGGAAACAUGACGUCGAUGAAAAUACGAAUGGCAUGAAAGCGUUGCUCAAUGAAGAGAUUGUCCAACGGCAGUUUGAAGUUGGUGAGGCAUACAAGGACAAUGUGGCUAAUUUCGAAAUGAUAAAGAAAGUGAAAGCUGACAUACAGAGUGAAAUGGAUGUGCUGCAAAAGAAUAUUCAACAAUUAUCGAUGGAAGUGGCUGAUCAUGUGAAUCACUUGAAUGACAACACCAUGAAACUGGAGGAGAUGAUUUUGGAAAAUGAAAAGAAAACUCUUGACAAAUUCAUCGAGGUCGAAGAAUUUUUAAAUGUUAUCGAUAGCGAUUUGAAAACAAAGUUUGUUGCGAAUAGCGACUUGAAUGCCAAACAGGUGAAUAUGGAUCUCGAGGUCAAGGGUAUGAAAAAUAUUGUCUGCGAAACGGAAGAGCGUUGCGAAAAGUUGGAGGAAAUGGUGAAACAAGUUGACACGAAUUUGCAUCAAACCAUGCAAACGCUAGCGGAUUUGGAAAAUCAUUUGGCGACACAACAACGGCUAGCAACCAUACAAAACUCCAGGGGUCACUUGGUGUGGCGCAUCAAAGACUACUCAAAGAAGUUGGAGGAGGCGAAACAAUAUGAAACGAUACUGCAUAGCGCGAUGUUCUCCAAUAAGCCAUAUGGCUAUGCACUGCGCCUCGACAUUCACCCCAACGGAAAAGGCACUUGGAAGGGACGCAACAUGAUUGCAUGUCUCAAUGUCAUAGCUGGCGAGUAUGACGCGCUACUGCCUUGGCCAUGUCGUCUGCACGCCGAAAUAAUCAUACGUGAUCAGUAUACCAGCACGGAGGAGGCACAGGAUUAUGUGAAGACAAUUUUGGUGCGCAAGAAGAACGAUGAGUUCAUUCAAAACAAUCAGUUCUUCCAUAUACCGCACAAAGUCAUAAUGAGUCGUAAUUAUUUGCGUAACGAUUGUAUAUUUCUGGAGGUGCGUGUGCUGAAGUGACAUGCGCCACAUGAUGUUGAGAUCCAUUUUUAUAACGUAG